CGCGCACUGCAUGAUGGUGGUGCUGCUGUCGCAUAUAUGUAUGAAUGUACGUAAACAGAUUGCAUUUUGCAAAUUGCAUCUUCUUGAUACAUCAAUGUUAUUCAAUGUUAUUCAGUUGAUUAUAAACACAUUACAAUAUGUCUGAUGAAGAAGUAAUACGCCGGAGAUUACUUAUAGACGGCGAUGGGACGGGAGAUGAUCGUAGGAUCAAUAUGUUGUUAAAAUCGUUUAUAAAAUGGAUUAAUAGCUCUGAUGUGGAUAAUACGUUACAUGAAAGAAUGCUAUCACAGUUGGCGCAGUGUGAAUUUGCACAGAAAAAAUCCAGACUAGUCUCAAAUAUGAGUCGAGAAGAGUUAGACAGUUAUGAACAGCUGUCCAAAGAAAUUGAAAUACAAAUAGAAGAAGCCAAAGAAGACAUAGAAAAGACUAAGAUAGAAUUGCAAGAUGCCAAACGUGUGAGAAAGAAUAGAAUAGAAUAUGAUGUAUUAGCAAAAGUCAUCAAUGAACAGCCGGAUCGUUUGGAAACAGACAUCAAACUUGCCACAUUACAACAAGAGUUAGCUACUUUAAAGGAAAAAUCAGAGCAGUUAGAACACAAGUUAGAAAUGCGUCGUAAACAAUUCCAUGUUUUGAUAUCAUCAAUACAUUCUCUGCAAGGAAUGUUAGAUAAGUGCGAUGAAGAAAUAAUUGAUGUGAGCCUUGAGAAUGAUGCAGAGGACACAGAUGUGCAAAUGCGUGAUAGUUCAUAAAAAAAGUAUUUAUUUUAUAAAUAUAUUAAAAUAGAUGACAAGAAAAAAGAUUUGAUAAAAUUCGAUCUUUAUUUUCAAUAUCGUUAAAUGUAACUGUAUUUUCCUCAUAUUUCAAUAAUGUAUCAAAAUACAUGUAUCAAAAAAUCUUUAAUUUUAA